AUGCCCUACGGGGGUCUCCGACCUCAGGCGGGCCAAUCACCGGCAGCCCCCACGCUCAAGGGCCGAUCGCGCACCUGGACCCGGCCAAUUGACCCACUCCGGCCGGGCCGCGACUCCGCCCUGUUCGCCCCAGUAGCCCCCACAGCCCCCCCGGGCCCCAGGUCGGUGCCGUGGUCCCCGCUGCUCCUUCUCCUGGCCCUCUGGCUCCUGGCCUUGCCCCAGGCCCUGGCCAGGCAACAGACCCACCACGCCUGCCCGGGCUGCCCCCACCAGCACGCCCUCCACGGGACCCACUCUCGCGGGGGCUCCAAAGACGCCGGGCCCAGUCCCGACGACCUCCGGCUAGAGGCCAUCAAGCACCAGAUCCUGACCAAGCUGGGCCUCCGCCACCGGCCCGACGUCAACCGGACCCUCGCCGCCGUGCCGCGCCACCUGGCCCUGCAGACGCUCUCCAGGGCGGAGGCCCAGCCGCCCUCCGGCGCCGCCGAGGAGCACCGCGGCGGGUCCGGGCGGCGCAGGCUCUACCACGGGGACUUCCUCUACUACGGCCCGGAUCCGCCCUCCAGGGCCGGCGUGCCCCGGCCCACCCAGGGCACCACCACGGAGGACCCUCCUGUCACCGCCACUCCCUUCAGGGCCUACCAUCAACCCGACCACCUGCAGCAGGACCCGCAGGACGAGAUGGACGACUUCUACGCCAGGACCUCCGAGAUCAUCACCUUCGCCGAGCCCGGGCGGACGUUAAAUGGCCAGCCUUUGCUGGAGUUCCCGAUGUCGAGCGGAGAGCCGGCUUUGGAGCCGCUUAGAAUCACCAGGGCGACCCUCUGGGCCAUGGUGCAGCUGAGGCAUGCCCACCACUAUCAACACCAUCGUCAGGGCUACAGUAACCAAAGAAACAUUACGCUCUGGGUAUUCAGGGUGCGCGGUGGCAACACGACGCAUUUGCGUGGCAAGGAGCUGGGUCAGCAUCUCGAAAUGGCGACGUCGCUCGGGGUGAACGUAGGCCAACUGGGCUGGCAGAAGUUCGACGUUACCGAGGUCGUCAGCAAUUGGUACACGGCGAACGCGAACUCGCCGAAGGACAAGCUGACCCUACUCGUCGACUGCAGCGGCUGCGGGACGCAGGUGUACGUCUCGACUUUCGGCGAGCACGCGCCCCACGUCGUCGAGGCCUCCGGGAACUCGAAAGGUGCUCAAGAUCCGGAUCGACCGUUCCUGGUUUUACGAACGGACCCUGCGGCCGUCAAGCGAGUCAAGAGACGAGCGAUUGAAUGCAGUGGCGCCAUCAAGGGCCAGUGCUGUAAGCAGAGGUUUUACGUGAGCUUCUCCCAACUAGGCUGGGACGACUGGAUAAUUGCUCCUCAAGGGUAUUACGCGAAUUAUUGUAGAGGGGAUUGCGCGGCCGGCCAUAGAACGCCGGACACUUUCCUCAACUACUACACCCACGUGAUCGAGGAAUACAGAAAAAUGGAUAGAUUAGCGGGUAUGCAGCCAUGUUGCGCGCCCCUGAAGUUCUCGCCGAUGUCGCUGAUCUAUUACGGGCCCGACUCGAACAUCAUCAAGAGGGACUUGCCGAAAAUGGUGGUUGACGAGUGCGGUUGCCCUUAAAGACGCCAGAGGGCCUUUGCGUGAUGUUUCGUGAAACACUAGGGGAAAAAGGAGCGGGAAAGUUGAGGUUAGACGGGGCUGUUUACACGGAGCCAGUUCUCGCCAUGGGAGUGCCGACCAAAAGAGG